AUGGCCACUGUGAUUGCCAACAGAGCCAGAAUCACCAAACGUUCUUCCAAUUCGUACAGUGGUGACGAAUGGAAAACGCAUCGGCCACUGAUCACUCGGUUAUAUUCGGAGGAGGGUCGGACAUUGAGAGAAGUUCAAGAACAGCUAAAAAACCAACACGGCUUUGCUCCUACAGAACGAAUGUACAAAAGUCGCUUACACGCUUGGGGUCUCGACAAAAAGAAGAAGGAGCACGAGAUGCUCGAUCUGGUCCGUCAAGGUCUUGCGCAAAAUGGUUCCGACAAAGACAAGGUCUUCUUAGUACGUGGGAAGCAAGUCACUCUAGCAGAUGCUCUCCAUUACUUCAACCGAAAAGGCAUCAAAAAUCCAGCUAGUCUGCUUGAAACUCAAUGCGAUGGCCGUGCUGAAAGGGAACAGUCUUCACCUGAGGACGACGACGUCCACACACCCUUAUCGUCGAAGGCAGAUAACCUGGAGAUACAAAAUCCUUUUUCUGACCCUGAGUACGACCGGCCCAUAAGUCCUGUGAUAGAAGUUGUCUCUGUCAAUCCCGAACAGCAGGAGCGCCUCAAAUCAGCUGACCUAGCAACCCCCCGUUUGCGUCAAAUGUGCGAAAGAUUUGGCUGGUGCGAACUUGAGCCGUUGCCUCACUUCCGAACCAUUGCUGUCGAGACAACAAUAUCAAGUGAGAGACCAUCAGGUCCGGAGUCGAGUCGAUACUUCGAAGCAAUCUAUGCUCAGGCGCAAGCACAUUACCGCGAUAUAUUCCACAAGCGCGAAAUCAAUGUAUCAAGCAGCAUAGCACCAUCGUGGUCGACAACUUCCGACGAGUCACCAUCUGACCAGUUCUACUACCUGAUGUACCAUGGGUAUUCGUUUUUGUGGAAUGACCAACGGCGUACAGCAUUUGAGAACUUCCAUAAAGCAUUUCGCAUGAUCGAGCAGUUGCUGAGCGAAGGUCAUGUUGGCUUUCUUCUCUAUAUAUUCGACCUGGUGAUCCGCUACGACGGAACUGGCUACGAGGAACCUUUACUGCUUUUACUGGAACAGCUCACGCAAUUUAGUGAACUUGUCUUUCAAAAUACUACCAACCCAAUCUACUUGAUUUCAUCGUGGUUGCUGAAUGCUCCGCCGGAUGUAUCAAGGCCUUGCAUUGCGUUAGCGACGAUGCGAAAACUGCUAGACUUCUUCCAGGACAGUAUCGGUUAUUUCAACACAGAGACUAUUGCUCUCUUGCAGACAUUCGCUACCGGACUUCUGAACAAAAAGCACUACCUGGAAGCUGCAGUCAGGUUCCAACAACUAGCUGACGCCUCAGCCCUUACGAAGAGUCAGAAUUGCUACGAAGUCUGCUAUGCACUACGAGCAACUUCAGAAGCCUAUUUCUACAGCGGAGAUUACAAGGCGUCGCUUCAAGCUCUAAAAAUGGCACUGGAGAGUUCGAGAGGAAUAUCGUGGCACGAAGAACGAGAGAUCCAGGUUAGAUGCCUACGUGCUCUGGCUGAGAUCUCCAACACCAUCGGACAGCGCGACGAAGCUCUAGAAUCCAUAGGCCACGUCGUCGAGAUCUGUGCAGCAUCUUUUGGACCCGAUCACACGUUCACGAAAAGAGCUAGGAUGCACCAGAAGUCGUUACGGAAAGGAGAAUCGAUACGUGAUGGUGCCAUGCCUCCGAUGGUCUACAGGCUAGGUAGAGGCGGCCCUGCUGCGAGACAUGUAUGGACAACGAGAUCGAGUCCGACGAGGUUGCAGGCGUGA